AAUUUUCAUAGGAGAGAUUCGCCUGUCCUCAUGUGUCCUCAUGCACUUGACUAGCGUCAGAUCGAGGACGAGUUCGCCAUCAACAUGCACUCGUUCAAAUUUCUUUCAAGUUUACCUCAAAGGCGCAUCCAUCACAUCUCCCACGCAAUGUGUAAAAAGCAAGCUGCAGGACUCAAGGAAGCAGCCAGCAGGGGCUCAGGACAUAGAUCAAGUCACCGUGGCGCGUCUCGAUUUUGGGCGCCUUGCCGAGUCCAGCUCGGGAUCGCAGCAUGUCCUGCCUGGGCUUCGCUUUGGCCUCCUCCCGACUGGUGGGCAGAGGCUCUCUGGAGGUGGGUCACAACGCCCCCAACCAAUGGCGCUUGGGACGGAGCGAUGCCGAGAUCCGCAAGGAGGCUCAGAAGCGUGCCAAGGAGCGCCACUCCGAGCGGCCGCUCGUGUUCCUGGACAUUGAGGUAGCUGGCCAUCCUGCAGCCCGUGUGGUCUGCGAGUUGUUCAGUGACUUAGUGCCCAAGACCGUCGAAAACUUCCAAUGCCUUUGCACCGGAGAGAAAGGCUUCAGCACGGCGGGAAAGCCUCUGCACUUCAAGGGCAAUGCCUUUCACCGGGUGGUGCCCGGAUUUGCAGUGCAAGGUGGCGACAUCACCCGCGGUGAUGGUACUGGGGGCGAAUCGAUCUGGGGUGGCACCUUCGACGACGAGAGCUUCGAUCUGUCGCACGACGCACCCGGUCUCUUGAGCAUGGCGAACCGUGGGCCCAACACCAACAAUUCGCAGUUCUUCAUUCUGACAAAGGCCUAUCCCAAACUCGAUUUGAAGCACGUGAUCUUUGGCCGAGUGCUGGAGGGGAUGACGACCAUCCGCCGCAUUGAGGAGGUCUGCGGCACAGCGGAUGCCGGCUCCGAACUGUGUCGUGCUCAAAAGCACCACGGGGUGUUGGCCUUCAGGCCUGGCCUGGGGGAUGCAAAGGCCAUCAUCGUUGAUUGCGGAGUCUUGAACCAGGAGAAGGGCGAUCCAGACGCCAAGCGUUCCAAAAGCAACGGACAGAGCGGCCCCUCCGAGGUCCAUCUGUACCACAUUCUCAAGAAGUACAAAGGAGCCCGAAAACCCGAGACCUGGAAGGGAGGCGACAUCAGCCUCACCAAGGGCAAGGCCAAAUUGGUGGUGGAAAACCUGCGAAAACGCCUGGUGGCGUCUCAAACCUUGGAGCAGCUCUUUGUGGAGUUGGCACGUGAUCAUUCAGACGAUCCAACUUGCAAGAAUGGUGGAGACUUGGGCUUGGUGGAGCAUGGUGCCUUGCAACCCAAGGUGGAGGAGGUGGGUUUUGGUCUGCAGAGCAAUGAGCUUUCAGAGGUCUUCGAGGACGAGUUUGGGGUACACCUCUUGUACCGCUCCGCUUAAUUGGGAACGACCUGCACGCUGCGCCCGCGAAAA